AUGGCUACACCUGUAGAAUUUCUUUCACAAGAAAUGUUCUCGAGAAGCUCGAGAAAGAUCGUGUCAAACUUUAAAUCCAUGAUUUUAAAAAUAAUGUCAAUAGCUGCUUUCGUCCUUGUUUUUUCAGAUCCUGAAACUCUCGGGGAGAUUUUAGUUCCUGAUCUAAAGGAAUCACGGAACCUCAUCCGUAAGCUAUCUCGAUCUAAUAAAGUGGUUGAAAAUACUGUUUGUAUUUAUUGGAUAACAAUCCGUCUUUUUUUUGCAUUAGUCUACUUCACCACAAUUAUCUACAUACUGGGAAUACAUAAGUUAAGUGCGAUUCGUCAAAUGCAUACGGUGUACCGACGGAUUGCUUAAAAUGUAAUUAAGCCAAAAACUUAUAUACCCCUUUCAUCAUUAAUGGCGAUUAAAAUUCUACAAAUGUUUUCACAACUGUUAUCUUUUUGUGACACACACCUGUUAUCUAUUGUCAUUUAUCAUUGUAACAUAGAUAAAGGUAACACUACCCAUCGCAUUCAAGAUCUUCGGCUGAACAAAAAUUUGUUUACAACUAAUGUUGUUUGUCCGUUCCUGUAAC